AACUACAGGGACACGCGUAACGCGACAAUGGCGACCUGAAAAGCUGGCGUGCGCUUCUUUGCUCUAUAUAUUUUUGACAUCUCACUAGUGUUUACCGUGCCCUUUUCGUAUAUUCGUGAAUGUGAAAAACAUUUGUGCCACCGUAAAAUAUGUGACUGAUGAAGUGUAAAGAUUAGAAACAAGAAAUCGCAUCGAUCCAACCACUGAAGCUAGUUAGGUGCACGACACAAUUCAAUGGUGUUGGUCCCUGCCGAAAAAACGGGAAAGCCAUGUACAUGUCGAUGCCUUGCCAACUAUAAUGCGCUGUGGGACACCAGUGGAAACUUAUCGCCAAAAUCUAGCGUGGUGCUGAUACGGCAUGGUAAAAUAAGGGAAGCGAACGAAGGAGAUGAGCCACAAUAUUGCAGGCAUGCCACCCUUUGCAAGGAUGCCUUUAGGGGGUAUGGGUAUGGGUGUGAACAUGGGUCCUAGUGCCCCGCAUCCUGAAUCUUCUGGACACCCCCAUCCUCCACCACCGCCACCUACUGGUGCCAAUCCUAAAAAGAAGCGACGUACAAAUGCUAAUGUUGCUCAACCACCCCCUCAGCAACCUCCAACAGUGCAGGAUUUAUUACCACCCCCUUUAACGGGUUAUGGAGAUACAAUAGUAGCAAGCAACCCUUUUGACGACACACCGCCGCAAACAACGCAAACUCCUAUGAUGCAUGGUGGACCACCCCACAUGCACCCUCAUCACCCACAUCAUAUGAGUGGCCCACCUAUGAGAGGCAUGAGUCCUCUAACUUCUAUAGGUGGAAUGAGCCCUAUGAUGCCUCAUAGUAUGGGUAGUAUGAGCCCUAUGGGAAAUUCACCCAUGACAAAUCAUAUGAAUCAUAUGGGAGCAAUGUCUCCUAUGAAUCACGCGCCAAUAGGUGGUAUGAGCCCAAUGAAUAAUAUGGGCCCAAGUAUGCCACCUGGCCCAAUGAAUACUAUGAAUAAUCAUAUGAAUAUGAGUCACAUGGGUAACUCUCAACUUAGUGGUCCACCUAUGGGUAGUCCAAUGAACAAUAUGAACAGUGGACCGAUGGGUAGUCCUAUGAAUAACAUGGGGCAUAGCAUGGGAAGUCCUAUGGGUGGUCCAUUAGGUUCCCCUAUGAACACCAUGGGUGGAUCAAAUCACAUGCCCAAUGGACCAAUGAACAUGAACAAUAUCAAUAACCACAUACCACCCAAUAGCCCGUUAAACGGCCCAUCCAUGAACAGUGUAAACAGUCCAUUAGGACAUAAUGGAUCUCAACCGCAUCCGAAUCAUAUGGGAAAUAAUCUUAAUAACUUAGGAAGGCCCAUGAACGGACCUAUGACAACCAUGAGUUCCAUGGUAUCCAAUAAUAUGAAUAUGAGUGGUCCAAACCAAAUAAAUAAUAUGAAUAUGGGUGGGCCACCAAUGAACAAUAUGUCCAAUAUGAGUAUUAAUCAUCACAAUCAAAUGAGUCACAUGGGUGGUCCAAUGGGCACAAUGUCCAGUAAUAUGGGUGGUGGUCCACCAAUGAGUCAUCCCAUAAAUAUGGGAGGUUCUAUGCCACCUCAUGGUUUCCAAGGUCCACCAGGAAUGGGACCAAAACCAAUGCCAGUUUCUGCGGGAAAGAUAUAUCCUCCAGAUCAGCCUAUGGUGUUUAACCCACAAAAUCCCAAUGCUCCGCCUAUUUAUCCUUGCGGAGUGUGUCACAAAGAAGUACACGACAACGACCAAGCGAUUCUUUGUGAAUCGGGUUGUAACUUCUGGUUUCACAGGGGAUGCACAGGAUUAUCGGAAACUGCUUAUCAAUUAUUAACGGCAGAAGUUUACGCGGAAUGGAAAAUUCUAUUAACGGGAAUGCAGGGGAUUAAGCGAAUAACGAAAUGAAAGAUGUAUGCUCUGCUCAACGGGAUGGAAAAAGGAUGCGCAACUAUAGACGAUUGCUAAGAGACUCGGAUGGUUAAGGAUAAUCGUUUUUCUAGUACAAACGAACGAAUCGUAAUUUUAAGUAAACUACUAGUAGCGUCUAUUUUUCAGAGAUAACUUAUAUAAGUUGUAUCGUUUACGAACAAAAACUGUUAUGCGAUCAGCGAAAUCAUGACGCACGCCUAAAAUGAUAAGUUAGAAUAUUUCUUGUUCUUUUAUUCAAGUGACAAGUUUCUUCGAUUACGUUUUUAUUUCUUUUCACCGACAGCUUAAUCCCUGUACAAUUUUUUCGAAGCAAAUGCAUUUCAUGUUUUUUUUUUCUCACAAAUUUUGUCGCUUAUUUUCUAUUCUUUCCAUUCGUCAUCGAGGAACGAAACGUUCUCUUGGAAUUAUCCAAAGCGAUCUGUAAAUCGAACGUUUUCUUUUAUUUUACAUCUUGACGUUUUGACUACCAUGACAUGUAAAACGUCUACAUGGAAAUGUAACUAAUGGAAUAUUGAUUGAUAAAAUUUUAAUAUGGUAGUCAAACUGUUGAAACGAUCGUAGAAUCUUGUGUUUAUCGACUUUACUGUGUAUAUAAGUUAUUUGAGAAACGAUGCAACGCGUAGAUAAUUUGUUUUAGACGAUCUGUAAAUAUAAUCUCUGUAUCGCCUUAUCGAGUUGAGAACGCGUCGCGGUUAUUAGCUUCUCUUCGUUUUCUUCUGCCUUAACCAACGCAACAGCAAAGAGGAAUUUUGCAAGUCAAUAGUACAGUUAGUUUUCCUUUUUCCUCCCUGGACAACCAUUGUACCGAAAUCAGGGGACUCGGUUACGACCCGAGGUUCAUAGAAAACUUGAGAGCGUAUCGACACUCGAUUUGAAAGCAUUAUUACUUGAUUAUUACCAUCAUCAUUACUAUUAUAUUAUGUUAGUUACUAUUAUUCUCAUUACUGUAUUAUUAC